GGCUGCACACCAAGUGAAUGAGGAGGUGUUUCAUUAAAUCUGCACACAGGUACUCGAGUUACUCUGAAACUGCUGCCGGCACCAAGUUCCAGUCUGCUACGAAGUCUGCUUGACUUGCACACACGGAGUCUGCUUAAUAAAUUACUUGCAUAACUAGGAUUUUCAUCAGGGAGGAUGGAAUUUGAACUCUCAAGACCAACUGAGAAGUGAAAUAACAGAAAUUUGACUGCCCAGUGUGCAAUGGAUGGUGCAGGAGCAAAGGGAAAUGCCAGUAAAUACCAGGGAGUGGAAGGACAGUCGCAUGCAACUUCUCUAUCAAACCCACUGAUGAGUGAUUUCGUUUCAGACUGGUCUCCCUUACAUGAUGCCUCUAUCCACGGGCGUUUGCUUGCUCUGAAGAAACUCAUCAAUCAGGGGAGCAGUGUUAACCUCAUUACAGCAGAUCAUGUGUCUCCUCUCCAUGAAGCCUGCUUAGGGGGCCAUCCUGCUUGUGCUAGUGUCCUAUUAAAACACGGGGCUCAAGUGAAUGGAGUUACUAUUGAUUGGCAUACUCCUUUGUUCAAUGCCUGUGUCAGUGGCAACGUGGCCUGUUUGAAUCUAUUAUUACAGCAUGGAGCCAGCCCACAUGCACCAUGUGAUCUGGCUUCCCCUAUCCAUGAAGCUGCUAAGAGAGGACAUAUUGAAUGUGUCGAAUCCCUCACAUCCAAUGGAGUAAAUAUAGACCUCAACAUCAAACAUCUGGGUACUCCGCUUUAUGUGGCUUGUGAGAAUGAGCAGGUAGCCUGUGCCAAGAAGUUACUUGAAUCAGGAGCAAGUGCAAAUGGUGGCAAAGAUCUGGACUCUCCUCUCCAUGUGGCUGCCAGGAAUUCCAACACUGACCUGGUGCACUUGCUGAUUGACUUUGGAGCAGACGUGAGAGCUAAGAAUGCAGAAGGCAAAAGGCCAGUGGAGCUGGUUCCACCAAGCAGCACUUUAACACAAAUAUUUGUGCAGAAAGAAGGGCCCCUGUCCUUGAUGCAGUUGUGCCGCCUGUGCAUUAGGAAGUGCUUCGGACACAAACAACAUCAUAAAAUAACUGGACUUCUGCUCCCGGAUGAGCUGAAACAUUUUCUCCUCCACAUUUAAACAUUUUGUAUUCAAAACCAUACCAGUAAAAAUAAGGCGAGGUUUGUCAUAGUGUUGCCAACUCUUGCAAUUUUACCGUGAGUCUUGUGGUAUUUGAUGUUUCUCUGAAAGCUCCAGCUGCUGGAGUCA